GCGCCAUCUUCGAAGCAAACUGCGAAUUGCAAGGAAGUGCGACAGUGUUUUUAAGCAAAAUGAACCUCAGGAGACGCUGAACAGUCUGUUCUCUUGCCUGGGAAGCAGCGUUAAAGAUACUUAAUCACGGUAAGUGAGUAAAUUGUAAAAUCUCAGUCGUUGAAAGGUUAUAAAACGAGUAAUUGCAAAUGCAACUCUACCCUGUGAGCAGAGGCUACAUUUUGGCUUUGUGAGCUGUGUCGUGCAAAACUUUUCGCACGCCAGCUCACCCAGCGAAAACGUAGCGUCUGCUUGAAGGGUAAUGCAACUCCUGCAAGUUGUUCAAAUGCCAUUCUUCUUUUAAUUCGUUUAUAUGAAAAAUAUUCGUGGCAAAAUAGCCUCACAGAGGAUAGUUUUCUAAAGUGAAAGGGUGCGGGUGGAAGCCAUCUCGUUCAUGAAUUUAUAAGAUUGUUGUAGUUGUUGCAUUUGUCGGGUAUUUGUCAUCUUGUGGGUCUCGGCGGUGGGGAAUUUGUCAGAAAACCUCUGCCCUGGGGUGGGGCAUUUGUCAGUUCUUCUAGAGGCAGUUAACAAUCAUCAUUUCUUUAUCAAUAUUUCACAUUAUAUGCAUAUUCAUAUGCUUAUUUAGAUAGCUAUAGAUAUUUCUAAUAUAUAGAUUUAGCCAGGGCUAAAGGUGAAGCCUCUGAUUCAUUUAUAUACUUCAGUUGUUAUAAUAAGCAAUUAAAUUUAGCUAAUAAACUCUAAGCCACUAAAAUGAAAUCUUCAAAUCCCCACUUAAGCACCUUUUGAGAGAGGGGUUAAAUAAGACAUUUACCAGAUGGUAAAUGCAGCUAAUGAAACAUGAAGCCCCAAGGGGGGUAGGCUAAGGUAGCCUGCCCCAAUGUAUGCUCCAUUCGAUCUUUAAAGCCUUAUUUGUGACUGAAAGCACGCUAAUUUUAAGAUACAAACAAAAGCUGUUCGUGGUUGGAACCUGACUAAUUUGUCGCGCAGAUUGGUCCCUGUUUUCAAGGCCCUAUUCAUGGCUAGACUUUAAUCAUGAUAAGACUAGGUAGCUUAUGGUACAACUGUAUUCACUGGUCAAGAUUUGAGACACUGUCUAGCUAUAAAGUUCUGCUAUUUCAGACCUGGUCAUUAUUCAUCUAGCUUGCACGAAUGCAAACAGUUACAGUAAUUUUGUUCUGCCGGGUCAUUUAUAAUUACAGUUAACCUGUGUACAAUUUGGGGCGGCUACAAUGCGUCUUCCCCUUUAGAUGCCUAAAGUUACAAGUCCUCUUCGAUUAAUUUCUUCUUUCGCUUAACCGGCUUAGCUACCAUUUGUCGUCAGUUUGUCCUUCAUUCAUGAAGUACAUUUGCACCUUUCCUGGAUCCUCGACCCCGUACACGUGUUACACGUUGGUUUGUUCUAGCUUUCAUCGAUGCUCUACGCAGAUCCCCAGCUGAGUCUUCACAAUAUUUGAGUAACUCUCUGUACCCUGCUACCGUGAUCGGCCAUCGCGCAUUCUAAGAUUUUCUCCAUUCCCUUGGUCAGUUUUUAGUUAGCCCAAAAAUCCAGUUUGUCGUGCAUGAUCUCUCCAUUUUUGGCACCACGCUCUUUACCGUCUUUCUUCAGCGAGUACACCAUGCUUACGGUUUGAUAAGUCUCCAGUGAUGGAUCGAUAAAAAAUGUAUAUAUAUCUCCUCUGGAACCCAGGAAAAGGCCACAACUGGAUUGGCAACCAAUCUCCAUAGUCAGGUUCCUCAGAUCCUUUUCAUCGCCCAGCUCACUCUGUCGCCGCCUGCUUUCUACGUCUACCCCGUUUAGGGGCCUUUGUUCUUCAGCUAAACUUUCCGCUGGAAGCCUUUUUUAUCGCUUGGUGCAGUCCUGUGGUUGUGUCGUCGCCUGCUUUCUACGUCUACCGUACGUCAAGCGUCGUUUGGGUGCCGCUGUUCUUCAGGUACAGUGCUUUUUCUUUAUCUUGCUAUUUUCUUCAUUUAUCCGUUUCGCCGUUAUGCCCCUUCCUCCCCUUUUGUUUGCUUCAGGCUUGAGAUCUGAAAGGAGGUUGUUUUUUCCUUUGUCACAUUCCUUAUGCUGUUCCCCGCUGUUUUGAUCUCCUAUUCACGCAUUGCGUUACAAACGUUACACAUUCUUAGGCCCGAGUUUGUGGGUUUUUUGUCCAGUCCUCCCCGUCUUGCUGCCAUUCUCACAUGGCUCAGUUCCUACAUUGUUCGAUUCUACUAUUUAUUUCCAUUUUAAUAUUUUUAAAAGUCCGAUGAAGCUCCAAUCAUCUUGGUUUCAGAGGCCGCAUUUUUCCCUUGGGACGGGCAUACAAAUACGCGGCAUGUAUUUUUUGUAAUACGUGGUUUCAAAUUCCAUGUUGGCAAAUAGUUAGUUCAUGUGCAUAUAAAUAUCGUCAUGGCAGGAUUAAGUUACUCUUCCCCGCCGUUCAAUACUAAAAUACACUGCAAACCAUUAUAUUUGUUUUCGUAGACAUGGUUCUAACCGAACGUUCUUAUAGCUAAAUUUUCACUGGAAGCCUUUUAUCGCUGGAUACCGUUCCUUGGCAAGUGUCGCAGUUCUAAAUAUAAAUAUUUUGGUGAUGAUUGAGGUGUUCAGUUUUGAUGCCAUCGUUUAUUAAUUUUGCUACCUUCCCUUAGCGUUAUUUACAUGGUAAGCUAGUUUCUUAUGGGAGACGUUGUCCAUCCUUUUAUAUCUGUGGUUCUCUAAUGUAAUCAGUAUUUUGCAGCAUCAAACAGGCAAUUGUAGGCCGGUCUGUAACAGUUCUUUCUAUUAGCUCUGGCAGUUUUUCUUGUCAUUUUAGUUUAAGGUAGAGCAGUGGUUAAUUUUCAGCCAAUUACUAGUCUUCACUCAAUUUAAUUCAUUUGCAUGGGUGCGCAAAGCCGUUUUCCGGCCUUUCAGCCAUGAUACUCUUCCCUGCUAUAGGUAAGCGAUCAUAUCUGGUACAGGGCUGAUUUGUCUUGGUGUUAUCCCCUAUUCUCCCCGUACCUUUGGCUCUGGGCACACUGGUCAAACCCUGUUACCUUCUAAGUCGUGCCAGUCCAUGGUAUCCCUGAAUUUUUUUCUGGGUUACAUUAGCCAGGGUCAUUUAUGAAUGCGUCUAAAAAAAACAUUAAGCUUAUAUUCAAUAAUAUUAUAUGCAGUGAUAUGUUAGCCCCAUAAUUUCAUAGUUUCUUCCAUAUUUGUUCUGCUUAUUGCUAGUAUAUACCUCCAUUCUCUGUUUCACUGGGAUCAGUUUGUCUCCACUAGUGUUAUGUCUCUGGUUCUACGUACAUGCCCCUCUUACCUUAGUUAGUAUUCCCUAACAAAGAAGCUCUAUAGUUAUUUCUGCUGGUGUAACGAUACAGAUCAUGCCAUGCCACCUUUUUUCUCUCACAUAAAUGGCUUCUGUACUUAUUAUAUUUCCCUGGGGGUAUGACUAUUAAGCUGUUAUCUACAUGGCAAUAUUGGCACAACCGUAUUCCUGCUCACAUGUACAACUUGCAUAAUGAUGUUUGCAGCUACUGUUAACUUCAAUCCCAACUAGCAAAUCUAACUUUACUUCAAGCGCGUACACAAAUUUUCACCCCGUAAUUAGGUCCUAAUCUGUAAAAGACGGGUAAAGUGUAAAUACCAAUGGAAUGCCACAACUAAAGAGCAGCUAUCGCAAGAGAUGAGGCCUGAAUUGUAGGGGUUUUAGUACCUCCUUACCUUAUAAUAUUAUUAUAUAGUGCCACUCUUGUCCAAUGCAGCUUUGCUGGAAAGUUAACUGUGGCUAUCUAUCAGUGGUCCAUUCCUUUGAUAACCCAAUUCGAUCACCAGAUGUUGUCAGUCAUAGCUGACUUUUUACUCAUCAGUUCCUUUUAUAUUUAAAAUAAAAAUUAACAAAAAACAAUAAAUUCCUGCCUCUUUUGGUUAUUAGGUGAUCUUAUUCUGAUCCCUUCUCAGUUUAACUCUGUGCUUUUUGUUUUGUUCUUGCAUUCCUGCACUGCUGUAUCUCCGCAUCCAACCGCGAGGUUUUACUCUCUGGGUGACCUAGUGCCGUGUCUCACUUACCUUCUGCCUCCACUGGCCAUGUGGAAUGUUUUGUCAUUUGUUCUCUUUGCCACCAAGAAGUGUGAUGUCUGAGUUCGCCUUCCGUCUGCAUCGUAAGAGUUCUGUUGCUGCCUUGGAACCUGGUCCCUUUUACAUCAUGGACUUUGCACUUUAUGAACUGCAUUUACAAAUUAUCUGACUUGAAUUUUGCUGGCACUGGUUGCCCCAUUCUCUAGAGGUUAUGUACCUGCAUUUGUGGGAGAAUACCUUCUCUUUUUUUCCCCAACGGGUUUUUAGGGUUUUCGUAUCAGGCAGAAACACCUCAAAUCAGUGCCAGCCCAUCACAGGCCUACGCAAGGUUUGCGCUUAGUAAUAUUAAUUAUUGUGUUCUGUCCUGGAAAGCUGUUUGGGUGUCUGUUACCAAAUGUAUAUUCAUACUCCUGAAGCUGUCGUGCUCUCUGCUGUUCCCCAAAUGGCUAGUGUGUCAGGGGACUUGAUUUAGACUUUGUUUGGGUUGCUUGGGAGGAUGCAUUUCAUGCAUCCGUGGCGGUUAAGUCUUGCGUUGUGACUUCCCCCAAGCUUUUGGCAUUUCUUGUGUCUUGCCAUCGUAUUCAUUUGCCUUAAUCUUGUCCAAUCCAGCCCGUGCGGCGCUGGGGAGAUAAGAAAGGCUCUGCCAAUACUCUUGUCCUACCUCAUGGUAGUGGGGUGAUAAGUGAGGCUUGUGUUUUUGCUGUGCGCAUAACCUGAAGUCGCUAGAACCUGCCACAGGGCUGUGUCCCCUUAUUAUGCCAUCUUGUAGUUAUUGUCUUAUUUGCCUGCAUGCGCUAUUUAGUUGUGUUACCUUUCAUGCGUAUCUUAAGCGGAAAAGUGACAUUAAUGAGACAUUUACCAGAUGGUAAAUGCAGUUAAUGGCACAUGAAGCCCCAGGGGGAUUAGGCUAAGGUAGCCUACCCCAAUGUAUGCUCCGUUCGAUCUUUAAAGCCUUAUUUACGAAUGAAAGCACGCUAAUUUUAAGAUACAAACAAAAGCUGUUUGUGGUUGGAACCUGACUAAUUUGUCGUAUAUUUGUCACCAUAUUUUUCUUAGCAUCGCGCAGAUUGGUCCCUGUUUUCAAGGCCCUAUUCAUGGCUAGACUUUAAUCAUGAUAAGACUAGGUAGCUUAUGGUACAACUGUAUUCAUUGGUCGAGAUUUGAGACGCUGUCUAGCUAUAAAGUUCUGCUAUUUCAGACCUGGUCAUUACAAGGCUCUGCCAAUACUCUUGUCGUACCCCACGGUAGUGGGGCGAUAAGUGAGGCUUGUGUUUUUGCUGUGCGCAUAACCUGAAGUCACUAGAACCUACCACAGGGCUGUGUCCCCCCCUUAUUAUGCCAUCUUGUAGUUAUUGUCUUAUUUGCCUGCAUGCGCUGUUUAGUUGUGUUACCUUUCAUGCGUAUCUUAAGUGGAAUGGUGACAUUAAUGUUUAAGAAAAUGUAACCUGCAAACACACCUGGAAUUUAAAAACUCUCCCAGCAAGCUAUAAAAGGCGUAUUUAGUGCAAGAAAUCACAAAAGAAAUCACAAAAAAUCACUAUGCAUCAAGAUCAAUCACAAUAGUACACAAUGUAGAUCAAUCACAAUAGUAGAUGUUGGGGGUUAAUUUUGUCCUUGGUUUAAAUUUUAUUUUCCUUUGAAUUUGGGUAUGGUAAUAUAUGAUAAUGUGUUUGAAACAAAAGAAAGUAGAAUUUAAACCAAGGAUAAAAGUGAACCACAAUAUUAUUGUAAACUGCAAAUUACAAAAUACAUGUAACAGUACAACAACAACUUAGAACUAAAUUCAAAAAGGUGAACUCGGGCUUGAAAAGCCAGCAAGUCUAUCAUUAGAAGAAAGGAACUCUUUCAUAUUUUGGAUACUUUUUUUAGUGGAGAUAGAAAGUGUAAACAACACAUCAAACUUCAUUUAAGCGGUAUUCAGGGCACGAGUUAUCGAAUAACGUAGCACACUGCAGAAUUAUUGAAUGGCAAGUAAAGAAUUAGACUGAAACAAGACCCCCAUAAUGAGUGUACAUUGGUCUGCCAGCUUGCGUGACAAUAAUUUGUCAUGCUGCACCAAAAUUACAUCCUAGUCUACCAUGUAGAUGUUCGUGGGGCUUUGUGAUGCAUUCCUUCCCCAUUGCUUGAUGAGUCAAAAGAUGGUAUGUGUGGGAGGCUAAAAUUGUCCCCCUUUUUUAAAAUUCUAGUCUUGGUUAAAGAAAGUAUAAGAGAUUUGCAAUGCCUUCACGGUCUGUUCGUAUAGUACUGCCCCUACAAAAUAUAGUCUAGUCUUGGUUAAAGAAAGUAUAAGAGAUUUGCAAUGCCUUCACAGUCCGUUCGAAUAGUACUGCCCCUACAAAAUAUUAGCCAGCGAAAGCAUAACCACGGCCUCUGAAGAUCCCUAAAGAAGAUGUUAAGAGGAAGAUAGAGGAACCUAUUGUGACAAAUGCCUGGGGAUGUACCUUGGAUACCAGAGGUUUUUUGUUGCGUGUGGCGAUUGAGUAGUAUUGAUAAAGACUUGACCGAACUGGACAAGGCACGUGAAAAGUCUCCUGCACUUAGGGGAGGGGGAUGGACAUGAAUGCAGACGUUUGUUUGUAAAAACAUGAUAAAAGAAAGCAGAGCUGUCGGUGCAGACUGAAACUUUGCCAAUUAGUGUUUCGAUCUGCCAAAUUUUGUGUAUCAAAAAUUCAAUACUCCUCUUCCCCGUAUUUUCCAAAUCUCAAAGAAAUUAAAUGACAUCAUUCAAGUUCAUGGAAUGUCUUCACAACUGUCCUGCGUAGGGAGGGGGGUACUCCUGAGAAUUCUUGGUGGGGGUGUUCCUCAUGGUUCUUUAAAAUCCUGAUCCUAUUUUAGACCAAAAAUGAUAUGUUUCACACCCAUUUUCAGACCUGGCCCCUAAGAAAUUUAUGUCAUCACUUAAACAUAGAUUAGAGCAGCAACAAAAAAUACGUAUACAUAUGUAAUCUUUCUCUUACAUUCUUUAAUUACUCAUUUGGAAUUGAAACGAACAAUGCGGUAUACACUCUGGUAGUUCCCUUGAAAACCAUAGCCGAUUCCAGACCAAAAUGGGCAAGGUCUAUACCAGUUUUCAGACCAGAAUGGCACAAAACCAUCCCCUUUGGGGCGGCAUAUACCUAUAAUUAUGGCUCAUGUUAGGGAGUACUCCCCCGGUGACAACUGUAAAGAUCCAUAAAGUGAAAGACCCCAGAAUAUUUACAUGAAUGCAUGCUUCAUGCUUGAUUGGCUGUCUGCUAAAACAUGGGUUCCAUCGCGUCAGAAAAGAAAAAUGUAAAAAAAACAAGAUAAAAAACUAUUUGUCCUCAAAUCGUUUCUUUUUGUCCUCUUCCGAAGGCCUUGAAUAAAGAAAUUGUCUGCUUAGACCUGAGAGCUGAGGUUGAAGUUUUUAUUGAAGCUUGUAUGUUUUUAUUUGAUUUUGAUCACUAGCAAAUCUUUGAUACGGCAACGCUGAACACUAGUCAGUUGCCAGUAAUAAUAAAGAACUCUGAAGUUUCAUGUCACUUGUACAAUGAUCCUAAAUGGGAUUCAACUCACUCAGUGUUUUAGCCCUAAUCAUUAAAUUUAAGAGUAAUUUGCUGUUUGGUGUUCAAACAAUAUUGUUUUGUUCCCCCCAGCAUAAAUUGUAUCUGAGAUGACCCACCCCGUUUCCUAAAAAAUCAGAAGUUUGGUAACAACGCAGGGGAGGGGGGGAGGGGGGACGGGAUUAAACCUGAUCUCUCCACUAUUUUGUUGUUUUGCUGCACAGACAAGGCAACCUCCAUUUUUUGAUUGGGCAUUGCCCUGAAGGGCAGCCCAAUAAUGAAUAACAAAUCAAUCAUGUCAAUGAAACAUGUACAACAACUGCAGUUGAGUUUUAUUCAAGGAAGGAGAGUAGCCCGUCUGAACUUUUUCUAAAAAUCUCUAAUCUGUAAUCUAAUGAUCGCGUUUUGAGCUUAUGUUUAAUAUGAAUGGACAAUCGACAGAUAAAUUAUUUCUUGCAAAUUCUUUUUAAAAAACCUAUAAGUUUUUUAUCGUUAAAAGCAAUUUAACACUAAUAGAAUCGUGGAUCCAUUUACGCAAGUAAAAUCAAGCUGAGCACAUGGUUAAAUUCAACAUAAAAUCCAUUCCAAAUAGUACACUGUACCUUGUAUUCUCCUUAAGGUAUUCAUAAUUCUUCAUUUCAACCCAGCUCUUUUUGUUUUCACAACUGCAAUUUCUGAUCGUUCGGCUCGUUCCAUUUGACCACUAUCAUUUCCAUUUGAUCACUAUCAUAGUGGAAGGUGCACUUAGCUUAUCCAGCUAGUUUACAGGCACUCCACUCAACUACUUAGAAACAAAUAAUUUUAUUUAAGUACAACAUUUUCACCGGUUUUAUUGAUAAGUUCAAGUUAAAAAGACAAAGCUUUACCUGUUUAAACUUGCAAACUGAACUUUGUCACCUUCUUUGUGUUUUUCGGGAACAGCUUGCUUGAUUAGUUGUGAAAUUUAACCUUUGUUUCGUACGGCAGCAACCCAUGAAGGCAUUUUGCUCACAACUUACGCAAGCAAAUUUGGUGUCCCUCGCUCGGAGGAACUGGAGGUGAAUCAGUGAAUAGUGCAAGAUAUUCACUGAUUGAUUAGCCAAUCAGAGCGCACAAAAAACACUAUCCACUGUUUUAGUAUAUACUAAACUAAAUUAUAUACAACCUCAAAAAACUAGGAAAAAAAAGACUCUUACCGAUAUUUCGUCUUUAUUAAAAGACUUCCUCAGGGCAACUGGCAAGUGGUUUGAGCCAUUACAAUAUAUACCUUAUAUACAUGACGAUACUGAGGACUUUGUUACACAGAGGUGCAUUGUAUUCUAUUAUGAAAUAUAUAGAGUAAACAAGUGUUUGUUUACUCCAGUUUUAAUUUACCCAUGCUUUAAAAAAACUGCUUACCUGUCUGUCCUCUAGUGUUAUAAUCAUAUUGUAAGCAGGUUAAUGUUAUUUUAACUAAAAUCAGUUUAGCCAUGAAGAUAUUUAAGAACCACCAUAACUCAUUGAAACAUGCUCUGUUUUAUUUCAUUUCAGGCACAGUUAUAAUUUUUUUGAACAAUGCCACUCUACCAAUACAAAGAGUGACCAUAAUUAAUCCAGAAUGCAUUCCUGUCCAUCAAAUGUGUCAUUAGGGCCAUUUAUACGAGGAAAAAUAAGACGCGAACUUUCCGUAUAAACGGCACAUUUCGUCUAAAAUAAGUCGCGGCUUAGCUAAGACGCGUCUUAUUAGAUAAGACAUGCUUGUAUAAAUGGUAUAGUUCGCGUCUUAUUUUUCCUCGUAUAAAUGGCCCUAUUGUGUUGUUAACUUAGGAGCAGCAACUUGAAAUCUUAUUUUUUAAAAAAUUAAUUUAAAAGCUGAGUUUGUAAUGAACAUCUUUUCCAGCCAUUUCCUCAGUUGAUGAUCAGUUAUCAUGUGAGGAGUAGGUUGGUGUGCCAUUGACGGCAGAAGUAGGAAAAGUGGUAAGACAAUAUUAUUAUUAUUAUUAUUGUGUUAUUAUAUGUAAUUGUCUGAUUAGAAGAGCAGUUAAUAUCAUGUCAGUAGUGCUGAAAAGACAUGCAUCAAAGUUGAUAAAUUUGGAAGCACUAUAUCAUCAGUCAUUGCUUCACAGGUCUCAUGCCCCCUACCAAGCCCCUCCCCACUGGGAUACAGUGGAACUUCUCCUUUGGGACACCCCUAUCCAAGGGACUUGUCCAUUCAAGAGACACAAAAUUUGGUCACAUAAUCAAGACACGUCCCUAUUCUGGGUAAAAGGACACUUUUUCUGCAUCCCAAAAUCCAGGAUUAACUUCCAUUCAGGGGACACCUUAGCUUUUAAAGGGUAGAUAUAUAACUGACCACAAAAAGGGUUGAUAAGUGUAAGUGUACACUAAUCAAAAUGAUAACAACAGUGGUCAAUGCACUACACGUGUAGGAAUUAAACACACACAAUCUUGGUUGGUUUUUCAGCCCAACCUGUAUUCAGGGGACUCUAGCUUCAGUCCUGAAGUUGUCCCCUGAAUAGAGUUUCCACUGCGUCAUUAACCUUUUUGGUCAUAACAGAGCCCAGUACUUUCUUGAUCUUGAGGUAAUAGUCAGAUGAUCCGUUGUAGUCUGGGAAAGGGUGAUUUAGCCUGUAAUAAAUUCAUUAACUUAAUGUGAGGCACCUGUCUUUUAUCUUUUAGUCCCUUUGUAUUAUAAUACAGAAUUAUGACAGAUGUGCAUGAUAUUUCUAGAUAUUGGCCACUCGACUUAACAUUUUUUGAGAGAAAAUGUUACACAUGUGUGUAGGCAAUGGCAUCUACGUCAAAUCAUUCUCAAGAGGCUGAACAGGCCGGUGGUUUCAACAAAGUUCAAGUCACCAUUUUGGCUUCAGAAUGGGGGUCAAGCAAAGGGGGACUCUCCACCAUAAGCAGAGAGUUAGCCAUACAGCUGGCAAAGUUCCCGGAGGUGGAAAUCACUGUCUUUUUACUAAGAUGUAGUGAGGAGGAUAAAAACCAAGCCCUAUUGAGCAAUGUUAAGAUUGUUGAGGCGAAAAGGCAUCCUGGCUUUGAUGAACUGGACUGGCUCAGCUUUCCACCAGAACAUUUGCAAAUUGACGUAAUUGUUGGUCAUGGGGUCAAACUCGGUCGCCAGGCGCAAAUCAUUAAAAAGUCAAAAAAAUGCAAGUGGGUUCAAGUGGUACACACUGAUCCAGAGGAACUAGGAAUGUUUAAAUGUUACAGCAAGGCAAUUUCAAAAGGUGAAGAAAAGCACAGAAUUGAAGUUGAACUGUGCGAAAUGGCAGAUCUUGUGGUGGGGAUUGGACCCAAGUUGAGCGAAGAGUUCAGGUCAUAUCUUGGAAGCUGUCGCAAAGAUCAAAAUGUAGUUGAUUUUACCCCGGGACUUUUUUAUGAAUUCACCAGUGUAGAAAAAUGUUCUGAAGAGAGAAAACAGUGCAACAUCUUGGUAUUUGGCCGAGGAGAUAAAGAAGACUUUGAAUUAAAGGGAUUUGAUAUCGCUGCAAGAGCUGUUGCUUCACUGCCCGGAACUCGUCUUGUGUUUGUCGGGGCCCCAGAUGGAAAGCAUGAAGAAAUAGCACAAAAGUUGACUGGAUGUGGUGUUCCUGCUAAAAGAUUGAGGGUGAGAGGUUUUAUGAAGAGCCGGGAGGAUUUAAAACGCUUGUUCCUUGAAGUUGACCUUGUACUUGUGCCGUCAAGAGCCGAAGGCUUUGGGUUAACAGGUCUUGAGGCCCUAUCAGCUGGUCUCCCUGUGCUUGUCAGUCAGAACUCGGGGUUUGGUGAAGCACUGAGCAAGGUACCAUUUGGCUCAUCAUUUGUGAUUGAUUCAGAGGAUCCUGAAGUAUGGGCCACAGUUAUUAAAAAAGUGUGGAGCAAAGACAGAAACGGCCGUCUGGGGGAGGCUAAAAUUCUACGCACUUGCUAUGAGAGGGAAUACAACUGGGCCAAACAGAGCAGAGAUCUUCUUGACAAAAUGAUCAGCUUGAUUCAUGGUAUGACAUUUAGCUACUAUGUGGUCCACAAAGUUGUUUAGUAGAUGUUAUUACGAUUGUGUUCAUUAAAGUAUGAAAGCCAUGAGAUAUAUUUUACAAUGCAUUUCACUAACUCCCAAAAAAAUCAAUUAUAAAGAUGGAUGCAAUUCUAAUGGGAUCCAAAACCCUAUGACCACCUGAGAAUAGAGAGGAAAAACUGACUGACUGAGCUGCAGGGUGAACAUUCACUUAACCUGUGUACAGUCACCCUCUUCCUUCAAACAAAAAUGUAAGGGAAUCUAGGAAAUUUAUGCUUGUGGAAUCCGGAUUCCUGGACUUCGGACUUCUGGAAUUGCACUAACGAUUGAAAUCCAGAAUCCAAGUUCCACGGACAAAUCAGUACCUGGAAUCCUGAAUCCAAGACUGUUUUGGAUUCCCUUGCAUGAGGCGAGAGCAUGGUUUGUUUGUUUCGUAUUUGUCUCGCCUGUUGCACACUUGGAUUGUAUGAGAUUUGGCAUCUUUGAGACCAAGAGAACUAGGGGACCGGUCAUUAUUUAUUUGGGGGGGGGGGGGGGGAUUUUUUUUGUUUUAGAAUGAAAGAAAAAACGUGACCCACCCCUUUAAGCCCAUUAGUUAGUUGUUGACCCACCCCCAUAUAACUUUAUAUAAGAGGUGGCCCACCCCCAAUCCCCUUCAAUCUAUACCUCUAUAAGGAGUUGCUGUUCACUGAACGAAAUCAGCAUAUCUUGUGGACCAGUGUCCUACUCUGCGGCCACUUCUUGUUGAUGUACCUUCUUGUAUUGUUACAGUAUGACUGUCAUCAUCUGAUUCACUUUCGCUUUCACUUUUAUCACACAAAACAAGGUCAUUGUCACUGUCACUCUCAUUACUGUCCUCACCAAAACUGACGCUUGAAGGAAAUGUAGAUUCCUUUGAAGUUUCAUAAUAGUGUACUGUGAUUCGCUUGAUUUUGUCGAUUUUUUUUCCGUUCUUGCUAAGUUUAUUAUGCUCAAUGUAUUUGUCCAACUCGGGGACUUUCAGAGUGUCAAGCUCCCCCUUCUCUAAAAGUGUUUUCUAGUCAUAGCAAUGUACAUCUUUUAAGGCUCGAACUUGCUUUUCUUUUCUUUUCUUCGCUCUUGCUUACGGAUCUCAUUGACCCUUUGCAGUUGCGACAAGUGCUCAAUGUAAUUCUUCACCAGUUUUUCGUCUACAAUGAACUUGGAGGAAAAUUCUGUGAUAGCAUCCGAUGCAUUAAUUGACAACUUCCCUUGCUCGAAGAGCUUCUUAGUAUUUGAUCGUGGCUGCCAAUCAUCGGGAAUACGCUUCUAAAUUGAAUAAUGAAUUCAAUAAUCCAUUAUUGAAACCAAUAAUGAUUUCUAGCUGUUCACGCUUCAGCUAGUAAAAGUUCCCAGACAGUUAUAUUAAGAAAAGGAAGCAUGCAAGCCUUCUCAAUAGGGCUUAUGUUUAUUUAUUGAUAUUUAGUGCCCACAUCUUUGAUUCUCCACACUUAGGUUGGAUUGCUACAUGUGACAUCCAGUUGUGUUAUAUUUUAUGUCCAGCAUUGCAUUAGAAUUUUUUAGAUCUUCAACAUGAAUUGUAGUGAGUGUGAUUCUUUACAAAACACACAAUGACCCACCCCCAAUCAUCGUGAAAUUCUCUUUUGGCCCACCCCUUUUCUCUAAAAAAAAAAAUAGGCCUGGCCCACCCCAUGAUUUUUCCCCCACCCCCCACCCCCACAUAAAUAAUGAGCGGUCCCUAAUAAGGUUUCUUUAUUAUAGGGGUAUAGAUUGUAUGAAGUUUGACAUAGUUGGGACUAAAAGAAGUGUUCGUAGUGGAGAGGUACACCCGUUAGGGGAAGUUGGACUUUAUUAGCAUUAUCAAGCUUCGAAAAUAUAAGCAAUAAGAUAUUUCUUUACUGCUUUGUAUAAUCUUAAAAGUUGGUUACUUUCUUGUGUACCUUAACAGGUAACCCGGAUAUAAACAACAGUCUGCAGGAACGAUUUGCACGCGCCAACUUUAAGGACUCGAAGAUGUCUUUGCAAGGCGCGGGCAGUGUUAAAGAGGAAAAUCUUGAGCCUUUGAAGUUGGAUGACCAACACGAAGUGCUAGAAGGUUUAACAAAUGUGAAAGCUGAGAGGCAAAACUCUUCUUUCCAUGAAAUCAGUUAUGGUAAUGAAAGAUUGACCUAUUUACAAUUAUUAGUAUAUAAAGAUUAACGGAACAAUGUGCUAGAGUAAGAGACCAAAAAACGUUAUGCAAAUUAGAUGCCUUCAAUCGUUAGCUAAGUUGCGGUAUUUUUUAAAGCUACCCUACUCGUUUUACUCUAACAUAGUUGUAAUCCUUCUUACUGCUUUUUACUUGUUCCGUUUGAGAUAAUAAUGUGUCAGCGAGAAAACACUUUUUUUGUCCCUAUUUCAAAAUAUUCAUUUUACUUCAGAGUUAAGAGGAUCCUGUGUAAAGUAGGACACUUGUCACACACACACACACACACACACACACACACACACACACACACACACACACACACACACACACACACACACACACACACACACACACACACAGAAAGCCGUAAGUUUAGCUCUACGAUGUGGACGAUAAAGAGUGGUAAUAGGACUGAGUGGAGUCCAAUUCGGUCUGUAAUCAUACGAGUGAUAAACUACGCAGUCGCGAUUUGUUUAAUCACGAGUAUGACUACAGACCGAAAUGGACGACACAAGUUCUGUUACCAAUUAAUCUUAACCAUAACAAAAUUGGUGAUAUUUUAGACUUUUUCUAAAUCAAAACACAAGAAAUUCCAGAUUUUUUUUUGCUAGCGAUGAAAGAAAAAAAACCAUUUAAGCGCGCGCAUGAUGGCGCGCACUGUCCAAUAAAUUACACUGUCCUAUUAGCGCUGAAAUCAGGAUAGUUGAUAACCAAUCAGAUUUGAGAACUUUGUUAUAGUUAUGAUUACAGAUCGAAUUGGACGGCACGAAGUCCUGUCACCAGUUAAUCAUAACCGUUACAAUUUCCGAGGAAAUAAAUGCAUUCUUUUUCGGUGGAAGAGAAUUUAAAUACCAAAUGUCCAAAAUUAGGGAAAAUAUCACUGGCGGAGACACUGUUUGAAUGUUACAAGUUCAUCUAUUUUGGAAAGUCCCCAGUUUUGGUAGGUUAAGUGGUUGUUGCUAUGGUUAUUGUGAUAACUUCUGUGAUUGGUGGAUUUGGCUGAGUGCACUUUAUAUGAUUGGCUGAUGUAACUGUCCGAUUACAACCCUGCACUAUGAUUAGUGAAAGUUAAUGCACCAAUCAGAUUUGUGGAAAUUGUAAUGGUUACGAUUAAAGGGUGACAAAAAGGUUAAAGAUUUGUUUAUGGUGGAGAAUGCACUUUGCUUCUUUGCAGCUAAUUUUCAGGCAAUCCACUCAGAUAAUUAUCAACAGAACAUAAAGUAGAACACCUCAAAUGACACUUUCCGUGUGCUUAACUGGUAAAUCUAGCUUCCAGAAGGAAAAUGCACAAAUAUAUUCUAGUUUUUAAAUGCUUAAAUAAUCUGGUGCCCAAGUAUCUUUCUCAAUAUUUUACAAGGAAUGCAGAUUUGCCCUAUCAUGCAACUGGGACAAGGAACGACCCGCACCCACCAAAGCCUAAACGUAACAUAGGCAAAAGUACUUUUAAGUAUAUAAGAACUAUUUAUUUCAAUUCUUUACCUAAUUGUGCCACGUCCGUGAAUAGUUUUAAAAUACGAUGAUUAAGUAUUAUAUAAAUUAUAACUUUUAUUUCCAUUCCUUUAGCACAGACUCUGUAUAUUGACUUACAAUGUACUUAGACUUCUAUUGUAUUUUCGUUGAUUUUAAUCAUGUACAUACCUUAGAAAUUUUUGAAUUUUGUACAUCUUUAUUUCUCAGGGCCCCUAUGGAUACCAGCCUAGUUGCUGAAAGGGCUACCCUGGCUAAAUAAAGUUACUUACUCACAUAACAGGAUUUAAAACCCCAACUGGCAGGAGGCGACCAGUUAGCUGUUGCUAGUUGGCAGUUGACGAUAAAUUUCCUUGUCUCUCUUCUUUACGCAGAGAUCGCCAACUGCAAAGCAGACAUCUCAUUUUUUGCCGGGCGUCAUCAUACAGACACAAGACAGUGGCUGUUUGAAGAUUUUGACAAAUGGUUUAGUGACCCUGGCGACUCCAGAGCUUACAUUCUCCUAGGUGAUGCAGGAGUUGGUAAGAGUGUGAUAGCAGGAGCUUUGGCGCAGCGAAUGAUGAAAACUGAACUUCUAGGGGCUGCUUACUUUUGCCGUCAUAAUGAUGGCACCAGAAAUGAUCUAAGGAAUGUUCUUGGGACUAUAGCCUGUCAGCUAUGUGAUUGCAAUAGUGAGUACAGAAGUAGAAUGGGAGGGGAGGAUGGUGUGAAAAUCUUUUUAGCCAAUUCUAAUUUAGGGGUUCGAGAACUAUGUACUAAAUUAUUAGAAGAGCCACUAAGCAAGUGCAACCCAUUUCAGCAGCGCAAAUUAGUCGUUAUUGACGGUCUAGACGAGACAGAGUACAAAUCUAGGAAAGAUUUCAUUUUCCUUAUAAAAGAACGUUUUCCGAGGCUUCCAGAAUGGCUUUUGUUCUUUAUCACCAGUCGUCCUGAAGACAUGUUACAGAGCAGAUUGGAGAAGUACAACCCGUGUGUUAGGAUUUGUGCUGGAGACAGUGAACAGCGCAGGUUUUAUCAGCGGCACGAACAGGACAUUCAGCGAUUUUUAGAAUACAGCGUAGAUUUCUCGCGUUGCUCCCUAUCGGCAGAGGACAUCACAAAGGAGUGUAAUGGACUGUUUUUAUACGCUGUCUAUUUUGCGAAAGAACUUAACCGUUUGUUAAAUUCAGGUAAGACUGGUAAUUCUAGCGAUCUUUUUCCGAGGGACAUUGCCGACAUUGGAGACUUCUUUCAAACAAAUUUACAGCGCGUUUACGAUAAAGUGGGAAGAGAUCUGUAUAGUAAAUUAUUAGGCUGUGUCAUAACUGUUCCAUCUCCUCUUCCCGUAUCUUUUGUUUCAUUUUUUCUUGACAGAGAGAUGUCAGAUCGUGAUGAGCAGGAGAUAAUAGAUGCUUUUUCGCAAUUUUUUGUGAUGCAAAAGACAAUAGCUUUUGUUCACAAGUUGAUUCCUGCUUGGUUAACAAACAAAAGAAAAGCUAAAAGAUUGUACGUGGACAAGAAAGGAGCUGUUCAAUACCUUAUAAGAUUAUUUAAGGAAAUUCUCUCUGCUGUCGUCAACAAAAACGAACGAAAGUUACAGCCUAUUGAGAGUGAAUUACAGGCUUUCUUUUGUGGUUGUGCUGUUCAAUUUUUGUGUCAGCAUGGUGAGAAGGAUUCGAGAUUGCUUGCUAUCAAUUGCCUAAUGAGUUUUUCUUUCCUAGAAGUAAGGAUUCGCAAUGGGGGAUUCGAUAUUUAUUCUCUUCGUAAAGAUUUUGGUAUUGCAGCUAGAUGCCUUGCUGGCGACGUUUUUCCCUUGGUUUGCUUUUAUAUUGUUCUGGGUGUUGGCUAUUAUUUAAAAGUAAGAUUUGGUACGACUGCCGAAAUCAACCAUAGCAGUUCUCUUCGGAGAAUAGGUUUUUUUGACUUUUUGGGCAACUGGACAGGCGGUGUUUAGUUGAGGGAGGACAGAAGACUCUAGAUUUUAUGGACCAACUUUCAGUAAAUAUCAACCCAUUUAUCAAGCUACGUUGGGCACAAUUUUAAAAUUUGAUUUCGCUCGUGUUUUGUUCUUUGACAUAAAAUCUUAGGGUUGGAUAUUUAAACGAAGUCUAACUUAGACUCGAGGUUUAAGAAAUCUUUGGACCUCCAGAUCUCUUACUUAGUGAGUAAAUUUAGGAAGGUAAAUGCUUUCUAGUCUGCGCUAUAUGCUUACUCAAAUGAAGAAUGAUCCUCGCAGUGAUCGCAAUUUAUGGAAUUGCGUAAGGACCCUGAAAAGUCAGUACUUCAACGGGAUUUGAAACCGUAACCUUCCAAUUGCAUAAACUGCGUUUACAAUUGCGACGAUCAUUCUUCAUUUGCUUUUAUUUCCGCAGUUCUUAUAUGAUUUAUUUUAUAUGCAUCUAUCCACUAUAUGCUUAAUAAACACAACUGUUCACGACAAAUGGUAUUUCAGAGAUAAAAGUGUUGGGCAAACUGAAAAUGACUUAGAACACGGUUUUGUUAAACACUUGUUAAACUCCGUUUAAAUAACCGGCCCUUAGUGAGAAGUGAAACAGGCUGCAGUUAAUAGUUGUUGUAAAUAACAUGUUACAGUCAAGAGAAAUAAGUAUUCGUCACUUUCAAAAAAAAGACGCGCGAAAAUUUUACCCGCGUUGUGCACGCUAUGUGCGGGAAAAUUUGAUCCAGGGCGCGCGUUUUGUCACUAAAGGCGGGAAAAAUACGCAAAAAUAGACACAAACAAACAUCCGACCAAGAGCACGAAAAAAGAAACUUAAAUAAUUAUAAAACUUAGUUAGAUUACAUUGUUUAGAAAAUUGUUUUAUAUUUUAGACCCCGUUUACAUGGGUCCGGACAACAAGUUUUGAACAGACGAAUUUUCUCGGAGCAUGGAAAUUUUGUUAUAUAUUGCAAUACUGUCUGCCGUUCAAAAGAUUUGCACGAUUUCGCGGGUCCCGUGUAAAAGGCGAAAAUCGGCUCUGCAAGAUUUUGUCUGUUCAGAAAUUUUUGUAAAUAGAUCUUAUCUGUAUUCGUGUAAAUACAAUAUAUUAUUAACAUAGUUUGCAGUUUUUCCUUUGUUUAUUGUUACUACAUAUAUUUGUAUUUUUCGGUUGUGGGCUUCCUGUAAAGUAGCUUGUUACUAAGUGGACUUUUACAUUAAACAAUAUAUUACUAUAACUGUAACGUUAUACCUAACCUUUUGUCAAGAGUUUAACUCAGUUUUAGAUUCUGAUUGUAUACUUUUAAAAUUUUAGAAACGUUUAAAACGAAUUUUAAAUUAGCCUUUUAGGUGACAGAAAGUCAAAGUGAAGAAAGGUUUCUACAUGAUCGCAGCCAGCGAUACGAUCACUUAAAAUGGUACUGUUCGUAUAAAAAUAGCAAACCGCCUUAAAAUGAACUGACGUCUAUGUCAGCGAUCGUUGAAGAGUUGUUUCCAUCUGAUCGCUGCGAUAGCGGAACCCUUUUUCCAGCGAUUCUGUUGAUCACAGUGAUCAUAUCACAACCAAGCUGUUUAACUUUUUAGAUCAAAGUUAAGUGUAGACGACUAUGUCUGCAUGCUUUUUGUUGUUUCUUUGUGUUUUCAUUAUACUGAUUAUUAUAUGAGGAAAUACAGCUAGGUUGAUGGUUAACGUAUGAAACCGAAGCAUUAACUUCUGAUAAAACCACCCGCUCAGUUAGUGUUUACUAAGGCUAUGUUUACGCUAUACCGGAUAGCUUUUGCGCCGGCACGGAAAUCAUACCCGAUAAGGCUUCUUUUUCACACAUAAGAACGGUGAUUUCGGCGUGAUUUCUGUAACGGAGCGAAGCUCCACCGCGCCGAUCUCGAAAGUGAAGCGUCACAUAUCGGAUAAGUUCUGUGCCACACGUGUACUGUAGGUAUUCGGACAGUAGUUGAAGAGAAUGAGCAGGAAAGAGGACUGGAACCCACUGACUGAGACGGAAGUGUGGGUGAACGAGUUGUCCCACUUCUGUGCGUUGCUGUUCAUAUUAACACGAGUAGCUUUUCAUGUGGAAACGAAUAGUUAUCCGGUGUAGUAUGAAGAUAGCCUAAGGGGGUUUUGAAACAGAUCUCUACUAAUUGUGUUGUCUACAAUUACGAUAACUGAGCCUUCGGUUCGCCAUCGUAAACGCCUUACAGAUCUCCCGCUCUCUCUCUUUUUUCUCGUACUUUAAUAUCGAUUGCAUAGAAUCUGAUCUUGUCGGUUUUAGGGUAAAUUAUCGUUAGAAAAUAUUACCAAGUUAUGAGUUUUAGCUUACAACGUGUACUUACAACGUGUAUGGAUUACAUAUGUGCUUAGUGAAAAUACUGCAUUAAAUAUCGACUUACUUUUACUAAAUGAAAAUUGUUAAAUGCUUUUUGUAAACUUUUCAUUUCAUUUUCUUGUUGCC